GCCCCACACUCCCGCACGCAAAAAAUUCCUCACGCCUAUAAAUUCCAGCCCCCUCACCUAGGGUUUCCUCUUCCCUCCCUACAGCCGCCGCCGCCGCCGCAUCUCCCACCCUCCGCGCCUCCGUCGCCGCCGCUUCCUCAGCCAUGGGUAAGGUGCACGGAUCGCUGGCCCGUGCCGGGAAGGUCCGGGGCCAGACGCCCAAGGUGGCGAAGCAGGACAAGAAGAAGAAGCCCCGCGGCCGCGCGCACAAGAGGAUGCAGUACAACCGCCGAUUCGUCACCGCCGUCGUCGGCUUCGGCAAGAAGCGCGGGCCCAACUCAUCCGAGAAGUAGGCGCCGCGCCGCGCAGCCGCCGGCUCGACCCGCCCCGGUUCCUCUAUUCCGUUCUCAGUAUGCUUAUGCUCUUGUCGGUAGUAGUUUCGUUGUGCAAGCAAAGGAAGAACCUUUUGUAGUUUCAGUUUCGUUGUUCGUGUGAUGAGAUGGGAACUUGAGAUGGUAUCUGUACCCCGUUUAAGAUUUUGAGAUAUGAUGAUAUGAUCCCAUAACUUUAUGGUGCUGCGCGUUUUGGUAUGUGCCACUCCGCCUUGUCA